CCUGCGCGGGAAGCGGAAGAGCGUGAAUUUCCGUCAUUUCAUGCAAGGGUCUGGAUGCGUGGAUGCUUCACGUGCGUUCCGCGUGGAGAGUUGUGUAGCUGCUCUGGCUCCUAGCAGAGGCCUGGUGUAGCCCUCGGCUCUCCCCUCCCUUGCUUAAAUCUUGCGUCCGGCCCGCUCUCGCUCCUCGCCAUGGCGGGCAUCCUCUUCGAAGACAUCUUUGACGUGAAGGACAUCGACCCCGAGGGGAAGAAAUUCGACCGGGUUUCCCGGCUGCACUGUGAAAGUGAGUCCUUCAAAAUGGAUCUGAUCCUCGAUGUGAAUGUACAGAUCUACCCAGUUGAUCUUGGAGACAAAUUCCGCCUUGUGAUAGCCAGCACCUUGUACGAAGAUGGCACAUUGGAUGAUGGCGAAUAUAAUCCUACAGAUGAUAGGCCCUCCAGGGCAGAUCAGUUUGAAUACGUGAUGUAUGGGAAAGUGUACAGGAUUGAGGGCGAUGAGACAUCAACGGAAGCAGCCACACGCCUCUCUGCCUACGUCUCCUAUGGUGGCCUCCUCAUGAGACUCCAGGGAGAUGCCAACAACUUGCAUGGCUUUGAAGUGGAUUCGAGGGUCUACCUCCUGAUGAAGAAAUUAGCCUUCUGAGCAGCUUCUCCCAUCAAACUGUCAGAGGCUCGAUUAGCAGCUUGGGACAUUUCAGAAAAACAACAUGGAUCUUCCUCGGCUUCCCUUCCUGUUUGGAGCAAAGCUCGGCAACGAAUUAGAAGCCCCCUUCGGAUGUUCUCCACCUCUUAGCAGCCACAACAAGGACAGUUUUUUUCUCCAUGCCAUUUUUUUCCAAGGGCCCUUUGCAGUUAGGAAGCAGCUGCCAGGCUACAUGGGCAGCAUUCCUUCUGAAACUGAAGCGUAGUAUUUCCCAGUGCCGGAAACUCUAUGCUUUUGACAAGGUGAUGUGUUUUACAGGGCAUUUUCCUACAAAGGCAACAUUUGCCAUUUCUGGUAAACUGGGCUUGUUUCGUUUUUUUUUCUUUUUCUUCCUGAUGCUUUGGUCAAAAACACACAGCAAAAGAAGUUAGCUCCUGAAUCAAACUCCUACAGGUAACCGUUACUCCUUUUUUAAAAAAAAAACCCUCAAAUAAAAUAUUUUUUAUGGAU